AAUGAUCACAACUAAGACAGUAAUCCAGCGAUGGACAAUGCGGUGUUGAACACUGUCAUCUCUUCCUCUUCCUCUCCUCCUCCUACCUCAAAAAAAGCGAAGAAUUUCGACGAUGGCAAUUCAGAGAAGCCCAUACGAUUCAUUUACUCUGAUGAUAAUGGCAAGCUUAAGCUUGACCCAGAUGCUAUUCAUGUUCUCGAUCAAAUUAAAGGACCUGUUGCCGUUGUAUCAGUGUGUGGCCCUGCCCGUCAGGGUAAAAGCUUUAUUUUGAACCAGCUUCAUGGUAGGAGCACUGGAUUUCAAGUUCUGCCAACCCACCAACCAUGCACUAAGGGGCUUUGGAUAUGGAAUACACCAUUGAAGAGAACCACAUUGGAUGGAACAGAAUACAGUCUCUUACUAUUAGACAGCGGAGGAACCAAUGCUCAUGAUCAAACGGGAAUGUACAGCACCCAGAUAUUCUCAUUGGCAGUCCUAUUGUCGAGCUUGUUUGUCUACAACCAGGUAGGUCUUAUUGACGAAGCUGCACUUGAUCAUCUCUCUCUUAUCACUGAAAUGACUAAGCAUAUUCAUGGUAGAGCCUCCAAAGAAAAUGACUCGGUUUCUGAGCUUGGAGAAUUCUCCCCAGUCUUCACGUUGCUUUUAAGGGACUUUUACUUGGACUUGAAGGAGAAGAAUGCAAAAAUAACACCACGUGAUUAUCUGGAAGUCUCCUUGAGACCAGUGAUGGGUGAUGGAAAGGAUAUUGCUGCUAAAAAUCAGAUUCGUGAGUCCAUUCGAGCUUUUUUUCCAAAUCGAGAGUGCUUUGCUCUUGUUCGUCCUCUGAACGACGAAAAUGAACUACAGCAUCUUGAUCAAGUUUCUUUAGACAAAUUUCGGCCUGAAUUUCUGUCUGGGCUUGAUGCAUUUACAAAGUUUGUUUGUGAAAGAACUAGGCCUAAGCAAGUCGGAAGUACUGUCAUGACAGGACCUUUUCUUGCUGGUAUCACAAAAUCUUUCCUGGAUGCUCUUAAUAAUGGUGCAACUUCCACAGUAUCUUCCUCAUGGCAGUACAGUAAAGCUGCAUUUAUGGAGGCAGAUUUACAAUGUUCAAAUGCUAUACAACUCAUGGAAAAUAAAUUGCAAGGAGCUUGUCUAGUUGCUGAUGCGAGGAUUGAAAAUGUUGCUAUGGUUCUUGGAAGUCUUGUAUCUGAGUAUGACACAUCCGUUCAUGGUCCUAUGAAAUGGCAGAAGCUGUCUUUCUUUUUACAGAAGAGUUUGCAAGGCCCAAUAAUCCACCAUGCUAAGAAGCUGAUAGAUGAGGUCUCGUCAGAAAAUAGCUCCCUCAUGUUGAAAUGUCAAUCCCUAGAAGAUAAGAUCGAAUUGCUUCAUAAGCAGCUUCAAGCAAAUGAGAAGUUAAAAGCAGAAUGUCAAAAGUGUUAUGAAAAUGCGAUAAUUGACUUCCAGAAGCUCUCUGAUCAGUAUAAGAGCCGCAUAAUGGAUCUGGAGAGCAAAUGCAGUCUAUUGGAGGAGCGAUUUUCUGGUUCACUCGAAAUGUUGGAUUCUGCGAAGCAGGCAUCUUUUGAGUGGGAAAGAAAAUAUGAAGACACAUUGACUGAGGAAAGAACAGCUGUUAAUCUUCGGGAUAUUGACAAAAUGGCAGUUUGCAAGUCUGGGAUAUCUGAAGCUGCUAAAGAAUCUAGGCUGGCUUGGAAAGAGGCAGAUGAAUGGAAAGAGAAGUACGAUGUUGCUUUUAAUGAAGCCAAGGCUGCAAUGGAGAAGGCAGCUCAAGAGGCAAUGCUUAGACAAGAAGAUCUGAGAGCCAGAUUCAUCAAAAUUCUGGCUGAAAAGGAAGAGGAAAUCAAGAACAAGGUAGCUAAGCUUGAAGAGGCUGAUCAAAGAUUAACUACUUUGACUUUGGACUUGAAGGCUGCUGAAACUAAGAUUGGAAAUUAUAAGUUAGAAUUAUCUGACUUAAAGCUUCAAAUGAAAGAGUUGUCUGAAAAAUAUGAGUUUGUCAAAUCUUCUGCUCAAUCGAUGGAGAGAGAAGCUCAGACAUUGAUGGAGGACAGAACCCAACUGGAAAAGAAGUACCUGUCCGAGUUAAAAAGAUUUGAAGAAGCAGAAAAAAAGUGCAAAGUUGCAGAAGAGGAAGUUAAAGUGGCAAACGAGUUCACUGAAACAGAACAAUCAGAAGUUGUAAGUAUUCAAAACGAGAAGUUCACGAUUGAUAGACUUGCCCUGACAAAAAGUGCAGACAGUCAUAUUGAGAUCUUGGAAAGAUCAAAGAUGGAUCUUGCAGGUGAAGUUGAGAGGUCAACUGCGUCAGAGGGUUAUGCCAUGUCUAAGGUCGCUUUAUUAGAAGCAAUGGUCAGAGAAAGAGAUCAAGAGAUAGAGUUAUUGAAAAAGAAGUCUGAGCAAUAUGUAACCUCAGUUCAAAUCCUUGAGGGUAGAUUGGACUCUAGGCAUGUAGUGCAGGCAGAGGCAAACAGAAUAGAGAAACAACCUUCCUUGCAGCUAGAUUUAAUGCAGGAAAGACUAAAUUUACAGCAAGAUUUAACUCCUGAUGAUUCAAUUGAUUCUGCUAUGGAUUCUGGGCUGAAAACUUACUCUGGUAGGAAACGCUCGAGGCUAGAUACUCCUGACGUGAGUUUUAAUGAAGAAAUAGCCAGCGGAACUAAAAAGUCCAGAAGCGCUUUGGCCCUGCAAAAAUGCACGGCAACAGAAGCUGAAUCCGUUUUCAAGGCAAAUGAAGAAGAUAGUGAAUAUCUAAAGGCUGCUUCAGCUAGCUGCACCAAAUUAACCGUAGCGAAACUGCGGCAAGAACUUAUUGAACACGGUUUUGGUGAUGAAUUGCAAAAGCUGAGGUAUCCCAAGAAGAAAGACGUCCUUGCUCUUUACAAAAAACUGAUACUGAAGUUGUAAAAUCUUCAAGUUGGAAUUCUGAGUUUAUGACUUUUUGACUAAAAGAGAAUAUUUCACGGGCGCCUAGAUGAAUAUAUUGUUAGCAUAUUGUUGGCAGAAGCUUCAGGCAUAUGCAUAUGCAUGUGAACAUUACUUUUAGGUGUAUAUUACAAGUGGUUCAGUGAAAUCUAUUGGCACUGUAAUCUUGUCGGAGGGGGGAAAUCUAGAUGCUUUGUGUAUGUAAUCUUCAUAAGCAAAGUUAUAUUGCUGUGCAUUAUUCAGUUAAAACCGUCAAACCAAACCAGACCAAUUUGGUACGGUUUAGUGUCGUUUUGAAAACAAAAAUUUUUUGCUUGU